AUGGCGCUGGGGCUGCUCAUCGCCCUGCCGCUGCUGCUGCAGGCGGCGCCCCCCGGCGCGGCGCACUACGAGAUGAUGGGCACCUGCCGCAUGAUCUGCGACCCGUACAGCGCCGCGCCCGGAGGGGGGCCCGCGGGAGCCAAGGCGCCGCCGCCGGGACCCAGCACGGCCGCCCUGGAAGUCAUGCAGGACCUGAGCGCCAACCCGCCGCCGCCUUUCAUCCAGGGACCCAAGGGCGACCCGGGGCGACCCGGCAAGCCGGGGCCGCGGGGACCCCCUGGGGAGCCGGGCCCGCCUGGACCCAGGGGUCCCCCGGGGGAGAAGGGCGACUCGGGGCGGCCCGGGCUGCCCGGCCUGCAGCUGACGGCGGGCGCGGCGGGCGGGGUCGGGGUGGCGGGCGGCGGAGCCGGGGGCGGCGGCGACUCCGAAGGCGAAGUGGCGGGCGCGCUGAGCGCGGCCUUCAGCGGGCCCAAGAUCGCCUUCUACGUGGGUCUUAAGAGCCCCCACGAAGGCUACGAGGUGCUCAAGUUCGACGACGUGGUCACCAAUCUCGGCAACCACUACGACCCCACCACGGGCAAGUUCAGCUGCCAGGUGCGCGGCAUCUACUUCUUCACCUACCACAUCCUCAUGCGCGGCGGCGACGGCACCAGCAUGUGGGCGGACCUCUGCAAGAACGGGCAGGUCCGGGCCAGUGCGAUCGCUCAGGACGCCGACCAGAACUACGAUUACGCCAGUAACAGCGUGGUGCUGCACCUCGAUUCAGGGGACGAGGUGUACGUGAAGCUGGACGGCGGGAAGGCGCACGGAGGCAACAACAACAAAUACAGCACGUUCUCGGGCUUUCUUCUGUACCCGGAUUAGGAGCGCAGGGAGCGCGAGGCGGAGUGGCUUCACGCCGCCCGAGGCCCGCGGCAGAGAGCUAUUCCCCGGCUGGAGAGGACCGCUCUCGCUUCAUGACACUUCCUGACAUCUACGGAAAAGACACAUCCCUGCCGUCCUCCCUGACCCGCUCUGACCUCAGUGUGUCUGCGGACUCUCACCCCGGUUCCUCUGUGGGCUGUCCUCCUGGUCCCCGUCCCCAACCCGGGGAGGGAGAAGGGGAUGCUCAAGUGGCGAGGUGAGCGUGAACCCUAAACCCCCAGAGGCGGAGACAGCUCAGUUCAGACUUUGCAAACCUGAUUGGACUGGACAAGCCGGGCGGGAGGCCUGCCCUUCCAGCCCCCCUCCCUUUCCCAGUGCCCUGAGCGGGACCAGAUAGGCCAAAGUGAGCAGGAGCUCCCUGGGGCAUCCUUCUUUGUGACC